AUGUCGGAUGUUACUGUAUCCAUGACAACGCCAGUGCAGGACAACGUUGCUACAGCAUUCCGAAUGAAAAGAAACCCGAGUGAUAUGCUGAAAGACAUGCCGCCUGUGAUUCCGUCUUCAUCAACAAAAAUGGAAAAUAUGAUCAAGUCUAACGAAGAAAGUGAUUUUGAAUCAGAUCAUUUUAUGUUUGAUAGUGACGAUCCACAACUGCGGAAUGCCCCUUCCACUAAUCAAACAAAAACAGAUGACCUCCCAGCAGAGGAAAGCCCUCUGCAAAACCGUACAGACCGGUUCAAACUGUUUGUUGACCGUGUUGUUAUUUCCGCGAAGGAAAUGUUUGAAAACAACGAAGAUUUUUUACAGAAACUGCCUGCUAAAGCUAUCGACGUCUUUUCGCUAAUAGAGAAUGCAGUUGAAGGAGUUAUUUCUCUGGACGGAGUGUCCGAACACGACGCUGUCCGUAUUCUAAGGCAAUUGGCGGACAUUCCAGAUCCGAUCCUACGGCGUGUCCUCGAUGCCGACAUGGGUAACUUGACAUCACAAGAAUGGAGACAGCUCCCCUCGGACUUGUUUGCCGUUCUCAGCGACAGUGUCAUUGAAGCCGCCGGCGGAUGGGGCGAAGACCGGAUUGUUCCGCUGUGCGCAAAGCUUUUCGAGGUUACCUCGUGUCCGCGCAACCUGCAGAGGGCGCUGAAACACGGCGUCAACUGCCAGAACGUGCUUGACCUGACAGAUGUGGACGUUUUCUCGACGUCAAAAUUGACCAUCUUGUUGUCCCAGUUACGCCUCAUCAACUAUCCUUAUAGCUGGACUAAAUCUGACGUGAUGUCAGCGUUCAGACACUUGGCCCCGGCACUUGCGGCAGACGAUAUUGCAAACAUAUCAGUUUCUACGCUUACUGAGAGUUUGAAGAACAUUUCAACGUCACCGCUACCGUUCCUCGCACAACGUCGCGAGCUCUUGAAGCGCGUGACGUCACAGUACCGGACGCCGACGGCGUGGCCGGAGACGUUUCUGAUGGACCUCGGACCACUCAUUGAAGACCUACCCGCACAGGACAUUAAUCUGAUUAGGAAAGAUUCACUACUCAAUGUGGUACCCGGCCUGCAUCUGACGGACAUGCCGGAGGGACCUGCCCGCGUUGCGAUAGCAUCCGGGAUCGUGGAUGCGGUGAAGAAGAAACCGAGUGAAAUUGCGAGAGCUCUGCCGUGGAUCAAGUCAGACGUAGAAAUGAUGAGUGUGAUCGAUAUGAAGAUGCUUGUGAAAGCGCUGCAAGAAAAAGACGACCUGACCUUAACACAGGCAGAGGAAAUGCUUAUUGCGGAACGCCUGGAGACGUUUCCAUUGUUCAAUGACUCGAUCCUAUCCAACGAUACGGAUAUGCAUGCGAUCGCUCGCCGUUUUAUCUGCAGCUUUAGAGAAGAUUUCUUCAUUAGCAUACCUAACGUGACGCGAUCAGCCAUUGCAGUCAUGUCGGGAAGUCCACUUCAGUGCAGGAAGCGGGCGCGCUUCUUGAUGGAAGAUUUAAAAUCGGAACUGAAUAUCAGCAUGCUUCUUCCGUUUCCGGUCCAGCUAAUUCAUGCUUUGAGUCCUGCAGACGUUCGACAGAUGACUCGACAAGAUAUCAGGGACAUUGCGCAGAACGUUCGAGGCGUUGGCGGUCUUCCGGCAUUUAUGGCUUACACACAUCGUUAUUUGGUUGGUUUUGUAUCGAUCGACAAACCUGCACUUUUCGCCCCAGAAGACCCUUGCGAAGAUGUAUUCUACGCGCUAGGAAUGUUCGCCAAAUACAUCGGCAACAAUGUUCUCCGAACCACUAAGGCCAUCCCAGUGUCGUUCUACAACCAGAACUGUUCUCAUCUGAACGUGGACCUACUGGCUCUCACAAAGCAACAGGCCAUUGUGAUUGUUGCUAACAUCCGGGAGCAAUUCGCAAGCAAUCAUGACCAGUCACUGUGGACGUCAGCUACAAUAGCCAGACUGGGUGGCCUGGUACGCGGACUGUCUCCUGCGGAUAUUGAGUUACUUUCGCUUGACUCCGAUCUGUUGACGUCACUGGAAAUACUUGCCACACAUGAGGAUCAACUUGAUGGUGGUCAGAUUGAGUCCAUAGUGGAAAAGAUACGGCAAUAUUUCGACAUCGCUAACCGGAACCAGAUCGAAGAUGCUGACGAUGUCACCGUAGUACAGAUUGGGCGAUAUAUGCAGUUCUUAAAUCCUCAUUUCGAGAUCAGCAAAUUCCCGAAGCAACUCCGGCCCAGGAUCAGCAUCGAGAUCGGCCGCUCCAGGCUCCUCAACAUCCCGAUGAGAAAGCGGCAAGAGCUGCUCACGUUUGCUCUGAAGAAUAUGAAAGAUCCAGUAUCUGGUAAUCUGGUUGAUAUCUCCUCCAAAGUGGACAGUGCUUCUUUUCUGGAGCUCGGACACCUGCGCUGUGGGAUAACUCAAAAACUGGUAGGGAAGCUUACAAAAGAGGCAUUAGACAUGAACAUGGAGUUUCUUCAAACAUGUCCACUGAACCCGAACAUAGCUGAUACACUAGCUAAGAGGGCGAUUGACAUGAACAUGGCCCGUUUAGUAGUGAAGGAGGAGUUGGUAGCUAUGGGAACGCUCAUCGCCAGCUUGGAGAAACAGGAUAAAGACAGAAUCAUACCGGCGUCGCUCGCUUACGUCGGUGGAUACGUCGCUAAGUCUAUUCAGGAGAAAGAGCAAUUACUGGAUUCGAUCACAGCGAGGGGUUUCAUUCGCGACGUCGACGGCCAUGAGAUGGACAAUAUUCAGAAGAAAAACAGGGCGGCCAUAAAACACAUUUACGCUUCAAUGACAGCGUCUACUGGUAUCGCCACGUGCCACGAGCUCGUGCGACUCGGGCCAUUGGGUGUGCACGUGGCUGACCUGUUGACCGGAACUCAGCUGGACAGGUGUCUUGACCACCUGGGUACGCUACAGUGGACAAGUGAGCAGGCGGCGGAUAUAGUGAACAAAAUCAGGACCAGAAAGAAUGCACCUGUUAACACCAUAGCAAUCGAGUAUCCUGGUCUGCUACCCGGGGUUAACCCCGACGAAAUGUUGACCCUAAAUAUGUCCGACACCGACAUAAUAUACGCCGUCGGGUCCGUGCGAGGAUUAUCAAAAAAUCACUUGAAGAACGCCUUUAAGACUUGGUUGUCGGCGCGAUCGGCAGGUGCCAUGAUGGACGAUGAUGUCGCGUUGCUAGGUAACCUGCUGUGCGGCACAGAUCCAGAGGAUGUCAUAGGACCCGCUGGAACCGGUCUUGUAAGCGGCGCCGUCAUCAUGAUGAAUUUGAAUACUUUCGGCAAGUUGACGGACUGUAUGGGCGAGCUCCUGAAGGCGUACACGCGCAGUUUUAUGGAGCACGUUAAGACCACCAACAACCGUCUCCAGCAUGGCAUGGUCGCAGAAAUGGGAGUACUAUUAGGCGGUCUUGAUAAGGAAGAUUUGCAGAAUCUGACAAAAAGCCAAAUCAAAGAAAUAGAGCCGCAUGUAUUGACCGGAAUGGACCCGUUACAAUCGAUGGAGUUCACUGCGUACCAGCUGUCGGAGAUGACGAGUCCCCAGAGAGAGGCGUUCACCGCCAUGCAGAGGUCGUACAUGUCCGAGGAGCAGUUACGAUCUCUCCAAGUCGACAUAUAUAACACAGGCUACAGAAUAACGUUAUCCAUCAGUAUCGUCAUUGUGACGCGCGUGCUGUGUGUUGUGUGAGCCCAGAUGAUGCCCCGUGUUUAUCUCCAUUUGCAGAGACUUGCAACCACUAAACCUCUGUUAAUAGCACAGACCUUACUUAUUGUGGGAAUUUUUCUUUUUGCCAAUGGGUUUAUAUUAUAUUUGUUAUUCAUUAAUGUAAGGACACGCUGAAAACAUUUAAAUCAAAACAGUUGCAAAACGAAAACGA